AUGGAUCGAUCUAUGCCUGGGGGGGCCUUCUUCUCUGGAGGUCAUCUGGGAUCCAAGCGAAAGGACUUGUGGCAGGUCCAGCAACUGGAGGCGUCUCACCGGGCCUUCGCAGCCUUGAGAUCGGAUGGGCGCGUCAUCACGUGGGGCGACGUCGUCUUCGGAGGUGACAGCAGCGAAGUGGAAGAUGAACUUCAGCAGGUGCGCAAGAUCUUUGCCUCGCGCCGAGCCUUUGCUGCUCUUCGCGAGGAUGGUCGCGUGGUGACCUGGGGCGAUGGCGCCUUCGGGGGCGAUAGCAGCGACGUGCAGGAAGAGCUGAUGGAUGUGGUCCACAUUGCAGCCACCGAGCGCGCGUUUGCCGCGCUGUCGGCCGACGGGCGCGUCAUCACCUGGGGCGACAGGGCCUUUGGCGGACACUGCGGAGCACCGGAGGCGCGCUUGAGAGAUGUGCGGAUGAUCCAGGCUUCGCACCGGGCCUUUGCCGCUUUCUCCGCCGAGACGGGCCUUGUCUCCUGGGGUGAUCCAGAUUUCGGAGGUGAUAGCCGCGCAGUGCCGCAGGAUGUGCACGUGCUGAACAUUCAGUCCACAGCAGGUGCCUUUGCAGCCAUUCUGGACACUGGAGAGGUGAUUUCCUGGGGUCAUGCAGACCUGGGUGGCGACUCGACUGCGGUGCACGACGCGCUCCAGCAGAUUCAGCAGAUUGAAUCGACCUCCGGCGCCUUCGCAGCGAUCCGUGCGGAUGGGCAGGUGAUCACCUGGGGCAGCUUCUUCGCAGGUGCGGAUAACAGUGCUGUGCUGUGCAAACCCGAAGAUUUAAAAGGCAGCGCCAGUAGUUUUUUGGCCUUGAAGGAUGGGCUGCUCACUGCCUGGGGUCGUGGCACUUUCGGCGACCGAAAUUCAGGGCCACCCUUCGACCCCGGUGACAUCGAGGACACGUGCGAGGCUGAAAGCACCCUCAGCGAGUAUGUCACCAAGCUGGGCGUAGAGGAGGCACAGUUGGACCAGUGGGCAGUCUCACCAAUUGUGUUGCUCCUUUCUUCUGGCAUGUCCUUGGAGGCACGGCAGGCCAUCGAAGAGCAGGUGGCCCAGCUCUUUGGAGAUCCCCAAGAACUCUGGCAGAGGCUGCAGUCUGUCCUGGGGCCGGUGCUGGGUUCAGACAAUGAUCUCCAUCGGCUGAGGCAAGCCAUGAAGGAUGGCCAGGCUAUGGCUCUCAGAGAUCGAUCGGAGCAAUGGGUUUGUGAUGACUGGAGACUGGAGAUGGACGAAGGAGAGCUGUGGCACUUCUCAGGGCAAAUCUGCGCACACUUCCUUCAGCUGGGCUUGCGAGGCGAGAUCGAGCCCAGCUCUGGGGUUUUCCUGCAACCUGGCCGAGUUUGGUACUCUGCCUGCGUUGCUGCUUGGCGCUUGGGACUCCCCGUGGUUCCGCUGGAGGAGGACUUUGCCAAGGAGCCACUGGCCGCAGCACGUGCUCAACGUGCUCUGGCAGAGCUCCGCCCUCAAGCGGUGCUUUGCACGGGGGCUUUAGAGUCGCAUGGCUGGUUUUGGUUGGAGAUUGAAGAUUGCUUGAGAGUGUCUUUGGAGCAGCUGCAGAAGGUCUUGGCGGCUGAUGUCAUGGCAAUCCCUUCCUUCCCAGUUGCGCCCGAGACUGUCCUAUGCUAUGUUUACACGGGUGGCACCACACGGCAUAGCAAGUGUGUGGCUAUCACCCAUCAGAUGGCAUUAUGGGAGGUCGAGCACUAUGCUACCGCCUUAAAAGGUCUUGCUGGAAACACAGAUCGCAUGCUACAGUAUGCAUCCGCCUAUUGGGGUGCAGCCCUCUUUGGUCAAAUGGACUUGGCCUUGGCCUUUGGCGCUUGCAGCGUCAUCCACUUGGCCAAACAGCCAGAGGACAUCGCUGUGGCCUGCCGCAACUUCAACAUCACCGUCCUUGGCAUCGUCCCAUCGCAGCUUCGAGCAUGGCCCGGUGUGAAGGCCAGGCCCAGCUCCUUGCGGUUGCUGGUCACCUGGGCGGAACGAACGCCGCCAAAGCUGGCGAGGGAAUGGAAGAGUGAAAUCCCCGUGAUCGAACUGCUGAUUGCCAGUGAAUACUGGCUGUCUUUCUUCUCGGAGUGCUUCGUUUGGACAGAUGUGGAUGGAGUAGAACGACAUGUACUUCACCCCUUGCCACAGCUGGACUUUAAGCUGCUCAAAGAAGAUGGAUCUGAAGCAGCGCCUGGUGAAAGUGGUGAACUCUUCCUCAGUGGAAGCACCGUUUUCGCCGGAUAUGUUGAAGAGACAGGAGCGGUCUGGGGGUUUGAACGUGUUGCACUGAUCAUUGAUGCUUUGGGCAGCCAGAUCUCAGAGAGUUUCUUCCAGCAAGUGGAUGGGCGAAGAUACUUCCGCACGCGAGAUCGACUGAAACGGCUUCCAAGUUCUGGGCUUCCGGCUUUCGUCUAUAUGGGUCGGGCCGACUCCCUGCUGAAGAUUGGUGGAGCCUGGCGGGACAUGGAAGCGGUGGAGGCCACGGUUUCAGCUCUUCCUCAAAUUGCAGCUUGUGCCAUUGUCGCGGAUGGUGAUGAGUUGUCUGCAUACCUUGAACUGGAGAAUCCCCGUGGAGCAGAUGCUUCACCAGCACGUGGGGAACCACUGAAGCGAGUUCAAGAAAGGGCCUUGCAAAAGCUGGGAUCCCUUGGGAUUUCUCAGGUGCACAUUUGGUCUUCCCUGCCAUUGCAUCCGAAGACCUCCAAGGUGAACCGGCAAGAGCUUUUGGCCGACCUGGCCCGCCGGAAGUCUCGGGAGCUGGCGUGGACGGCGAAGCUGAAGGAGGUGCAGAAGAAGAUGAUCAAAGGCCGCCUUCAUGGCUCCAAGAUGCUUCUGUGGCGGUUAUUGAAGCUGCCUUAUCUUUGGACAGCCUUUCUCUACUUCUGGCAGCGACUGGGGAAGAAUCGACAUCGAUGGGUGGUGUUCAAUCUUCCGGUGGGUCCGCCUGAUAUUUUCUUGCUGCUUGCAAUGCUGGUGCCGAACUUCUUGCUGAAGCAAUUCUUUCUUGUCUGUAUUGCUGCAAUAUCUUGGUUGCGGGAUCGAGAUGGCAUUGCAGCUUCCGGCUUCCUGUCUUUAGGCAUCGCUGGGGCCUCGGAGGCCUCUGCUGCGAAGAUGACAAUUCUGCUAGGUCUGCUUGGUCGCUACUGCUUUCGACCCAGCAGAUUGCAGUUCUUGUUGGGUUUGCCUUGUGCAUACCUCUUCAGCUUUCCAAAAUGGUAUCGAGAUGAGUUCGUUGUGCGAUCCACCUGGGACAGCUCCUAUCUCCGACGCUUCCUCCUACGAUGGAUUCCCGCUUUGCAGAAACCUCCCUUCGAUGCCAGCUUGCGCUUUAAGAAAGAAGAUGUGGCCUACGACUGGGGAUCUGAAAAGAGAUGGGUGAACGUGAGAGAGUAUGGAUCGCUAGCACUCCUGAGCUUCUGGGAACCCGUGCGCCCUGCGAUUCUUCCUCCAGAGCCGGGCGCAUCCACAGCCACAGCCGCACCGGCACCAGUGCUGCAGACCGAGACCGAGCCUGGUGACGGCAUGGCCAGGUCGUUGGCUUUGCUGGUGGCGCGAGUGGGUGGAGACCCCUCUGGCCUAUCUUUGGAUUCUUUGCAAGCGAUUCGGCUGGCUGAGUUGGCCCGACACGAGCUGGGGCUCGUGCUGUCACCCGGGCUGGUGCUACGAAGUGCCGACGUAGAGACCUUAGUGGACUCCUUAGACGCUGAGGAGUUGCCUGGAGAGCAUGAACAGCCAGAUGAAGAGAACGCCUGGCGGCUUUACCUCAUGGAGUUCCCCAAGUCGCCCGUCGUUCCUUGGAUCGAAGAGGCAGAAAUGCCCGGUACGACGCCGCUGUCGGAGUCGACGGAUGUCAUGGGAGUCUAUAAGCUGACCGGGCCAGGCGGACGGGUGGUACCCCAGGAUUGGUAUGUGCGCUUUGGUGCUGGUCAUUUGGACCUGCCUGCCUUGCAGCGCGCCUGUGACCGCUUGGUCUCGCGGCACUCAGCGCUGCGCACGGUGCAAAGCCCCGACGAGGCCAUGCGGGAGGCCAUGGACCGGGCAGCGGCCAUGUGGCAGUUGAUCUGCUCUGCCUAUGGCUCCUAUGGCUCUCCCAAAUGGCAAUGUCUGGGUCGCCUGGUGCGCCGCUUGCUCAUGGCGACAUGGCCCCGGACUUUUCUGAAAGAGGAGCACCUGGCACGAGUUGAGAUUCAGAUGCCAGAUGAAGUGUUGCGAGAUCCGAACUACCAACGGCUCAGCGAUGACGAUUGCAUGUUCAUGCAGUCCUCGACUUUGCGAUCGAAACACCGCUGGCCCUUUCAUAUCUUCGUAUAUCCACUCGUCCGCUCUGGCGCUGCUGGCGCUCUGUCCAAGGAUUUGCCCUUGGCACAGGCGGUCCGCAUGCUUCCUCCCGAAGAUGUUGUUUGGUACAUCUAUGCUGGCAUCACCCAUGCCUAUAGCGAUGGCGCCUGCGGCAACGCCCUGCUACAAGACUUGCUGCGGCUGUAUGCAGAGGACGGGAAGACCGAUGCUGCAGUCGGCUGGUUCUUCAGUGCUCCAGUGGUCUUGGGGUCUGACGAUCGCUUGUGGGGAAAAACGCAGCAGUUCUUUCUCCAGGAGAUGCAGCUGGGGCCGCAAAUCCACCCAGCACCAGCUGAACCCAUGGCCUUGCUCCAAGAUCGACUCAAGAACUCGCUCGAGGGUCGUUUGCCUGGGCGGCGGCCGAACCCCAACGAGGAUGUGCAUCACGAGAUCUUGUGUGAGGAUUGGGGUCGCCGGCCAGGGUUUCAGAAGAAGGUCCGCUUGGACGAGAGCAUCUUCUUGGCCUUGCGCUCCGUCAAGGACGUGCUCGGCUGCAGCCCGGAUGUGGCCUGGCUGACGGCCGUGGUGGGCUCGCUCCUACGGCUUUUUCCCUCGGAGCAGCGGAUCCAACUGAUUCUGAAAUGUGCGUGUCGUGAUGGGCCCAAUCAACACAACAUGGUGGGCUUUCUCUCGGAGCAACGUGUGAUCCCGGUGGAUGUGGGAGAGUCGCGUCGCGCCAAUCUGUUGGACGUGGCAUGUUGCAUCGAACAUGCCCGACGUAGCCGGGCAUGGCGAGCGCCUCAGCCUUAUGAGGCAUCGAUUUGCGUCUAUAUCAACAUUGUAGGCUCCAUCAACGAUGGAUUGCCUUUGGGAUGCUCACAAGUGUGUCGCUGCGCUAGCGGCUCCUCAGGGCAAACGGAUGCAUGGGCCCACUUGAACCUUCGCAUUGAUCAGCUGGAUCUGCUGAAGUGGGACUUCCGGAUCCUUCACUGGGACAAAGCUUGGGGCUGGGGUUGGGGUGAUUACUUCAUCAGCAUCCUAGGGGCCGUCAUUGCAGACAUGGUGGAGUGCCCGCUGGACCCCAUUGUGCCAGCACCAGCUCCUGCCUGGCGAGUGCUCAGCAUACAAGACGAGGCAGGUGUGAAGCGCAAGGACCCACCAGCGGCUGAAGAAGCCAUGGGAGCUGCUUCCAAUGGAGGUAGCAAAGCCAUGAGGAUAGAUGCGGAUGAGACUCAGCUCAAAUCUAUUGAACAUAGCCUCUUCAGGUUGCGAAGUCUCGGCAAUGAUUCAAGACCAUGA